AUGAGAUUGUUCUACUUAACAUUAUAUAUAGACUAUUUUAUUAUAAUAGAUUUCUCUAUAACUAAAACUCCAAUUGAACACCAGUAUAGACUAAAAAGAGAAUUAGCUGCACGUCAAAGUGAAGAACAAAGAGAAAGAUAUAAAAAGCAGUAUAGAGAAUCAAAAGCUAGAACGUUUAACUGUGUUACAAUCUCUACAACUACUGAUUCUUUUGCCCAACCCCAAAAAAAUUUUGUUUUUGCUUCAUCUAUGAAUAAUACUAACUUUUCUAUUUUUAACCAUGUUACAACAGCUACAUCUACAGAAUCUUUUGUUCAAUCUCAAGAAAGUUUUGUUUCUUUAUCUACUAAUGAUAAUAGCUCUUUUAUAUUUUCUUCUCUUAAUAGGUUUCUGACACCUCAUUUACCUCAAGAGAUUCUCAUUUCAGUAGCUUCUUCUACAUUAACUACUAUACACCACGUACAAAAUUUAAUAAAAGAUGUAAAUAAUAGCAUUCUUCAGCUUUUGGAUGUACAAACAAUAGAUAUUGUAAGUGAAACUAUAGUAGUUAAUGUAGAAGAAGCUACUGAAAUGAGAAUCUCUUGA